GGCGAUGCACGCACCACUCACGUCCGUCCACCUUGCGUGCGUGGACCGCCUCGUCGACACGGCGCUGCUCCAAUAUGUGAGCGGCUAUCUCGACACGACGCUCGAGUGGAGCCUCGACGAGGCUGCCGGUGCCGGCUUCCUCCACCUUGUGCGUCGCUUGCACGCUGCCGACGCCGCCGCUUCAGAAGACGCGAUCGACUGGGCCGCCGCCAACGGACACCUCGACGUCGUCCAGUGGCUCGACACCCACCGCAACGAUGGUGCGACGACAUGGGCCAUCGACAACGCCGCGUCAUCGGGCCAUUUGUCUGUCGUCCGCUGGCUGCACACGCAUCGACGCGAAGGAUGCACGCACCGCGCUAUUGACGCCGCCGCUGGCAACGGCCAUCUCGACGUUGUCCAAUGGCUUCAUACGCAGACGUGCGCAAGCGCUACAGUGGCCGCGAUGGACGGAGCCGCCACGAUCGGUGCGCUUCCGAUCGUCCAGUGGCUGCAUGAAAACCGCACCGAAGGGUGUUCGAUCCACGCAUUGGACGGUGCUGCGACCAACGGCCACCUCGACGUCCUUCAAUGGCUGCACGAUCACCGCGUCGAAGGCGGCUCAGUGACUGCGAUGGACGGUGCCGUGCACAACGGGCAUUUCGACGUCGUCGUCUGGCUCCAAAAGCACCGGCACGAAGGGUGCUCGGAGCGUCCGCUGCACGCUGCCAUUGCCUCGCACCGCUUGGACCUCGUGCGAUUUCUCUGUGAGCACGGCCACGGAGCCCCGUGCGCGCCGUGGAGCCUCGUGUGGGCCGCCAAGUGCGCGGCCGACGCGAUUGGCGCCUACUUGUUAUCGUCCGGCGACCACUCGCCCGUCCAGCUCCAGACCGCGCUCCACGCGGCGGCAGCGGCCGGGUCGAUAUCGCUCGCCACCCAUUUAUUGCCACGCGUCGACGACCGCAGCGCCGAGGCCAUCGACGGCGCAGCGUCCCGAGGCCACUUGGCGAUGGUGCAGCUCUUGCACGCCCACGGCUUUUCCUGCUCGUCGCUCGCACUCGAGGGCGCGAGCGCUGGCGGGCACCUCGAGGUUGUCGAUUUUUUACUGCAGACGUGCAAAAUCGUCCCGACGCCGCGCGCCGUGGACCGCGCCGCGUCGCGCAGCCACGUGCCCGUGUUGCAACGCCUUUUGGACCGUGGUGCAGUCGCGUCAUCAUCUGCACUGCGAGCGGCGGCGGCCCACGGCCAUGCCGCUGUCGUCACCCUCCUCCUCGAUGCGUCCGAGACCUCGUUGGACAUGGAGAUUGCCCGCACGGCCGCCAUCGCCAACGGCCACGUGGACGUCGCCAUACUUUUGGAUGCGGCUCGACGUCGGUAG